AAUUAUUCCCCUUGAAAUUGCCGUGUUGUCCGGCCCAAACACAACAUUGAUCAGGCAAACUGAUCUCAAUGUAAACGUCUUAGUAUUGAGAGAUUAGGAGAACAUGGAUUAAAAGCUAGGAAGACGAUUAGAAGGAAGACGUUAUCACGUGUUGAAAAAAAGAGCUGCCUAAUUAAAGAUGGCAAGGAGAGGCAGGUACCAGUUCGUGAUUAAACUUGGAAUCGUUGUGAUCUUCAUGCUGCUUUUAGGACCAUAUCUGUUUCACUUGAAACUCAGUGAUGAUGUAACUGAUGAUGCUGAAUUGUACAGACAGUGGCAGUUGCGGGAAAAGAAAAUCAAGAGCUCUUCCCUGAAAGUGGUUGGAGAGAAACAAGAGCAGCACACACCAGAUGAAGAUCAUCAUGAAAAUGUGCUUGAGAAAGCACCUGCCGAGAAGCCGUCGGCUACAUUAUUGGCUGGGGUCUUUGGGAAUUUUGAGCCAAAAGAACGAGAAAUACCAGAUGGCCCAGGUGAAAACGGAGCAUCUGUAAAAGUGCCUGACGGCAAAAGAGCACUUGCUCAACACACAAUACAGGAGUUUGGCUUCAACAUGGUUGCAAGCGACCAGGUUGCAAUGGACAGAGUGGUCCCAGAUACAAGACUCCCUGAAUGCAAGUUCUGGAAAUAUCCAGAGGAUCAGCCGCAAGCCAGUGUGAUUCUGGUAUUUCACAAUGAGGGCUUUAGUACACUUGUGAGAACCAUUCACAGUGUUAUUAACACAUCACCACCCCAACUGCUGAAGGAAGUUGUGCUUGUGGAUGAUUAUAGCACCAAAGCCCAUUUGAAGGGCCAGCUGGAAAACUACAUCAAGCAGUUUGGAGACUUGGUAAAACUUUACCGCAACUCUAAGAGAGAAGGUUUGAUUAGAACCAGGACACGAGGAGCAGAACUGUCCAGAGGAGAUGUCAUAGUCUUCCUUGAUGCUCACUGUGAGUGCAACAGAAACUGGCUUGUACCAUUGCUCGACAGAAUAAGAGCAAACAGGAAGACCAUGGCAGUUCCUAUUGUGGAUGGAAUAGACUGGGACACAAUGGCUUAUAACUCAGUGUAUGGCCAUGGAAGGGCUCACCAUCGAGGAAUAUUUGAGUGGGGCUUUUUGUACAAGGAGAAUAAAGUACCAAAGAAAGAGCUGGCCAGACGAAAACAUGAAAGUGAGCCAUACAGAUCACCAACUCAUGCAGGCGGACUUUUUGCAAUGGACCGGAAAUACUUUUUUGAACUUGGAGGUUAUGAUCCUGGACUGAAAAUUUGGGGUGGUGAAAACUAUGAACUCUCUUUUAAAAUAUGGCAGUGUGGUGGGAUCAUAGAAUGGGUGCCAUGUUCAAGAGUUGGGCACAUUUAUAGGAACCACAUGCCUUACAGUUUAGGCAGUGAUAUAGACCCCCAGAUGUCACCUAUAAGUAUUAACUACAUGAGAGUCGUAGAAGUAUGGAUGGAUCCAGAAUUCAGAGAAUAUUUUUACACCAGAGAACCAAGUUUAAGAGGCUACCCCAUUGGCAACAUUACCGGACAGCUCAAUUUUAAGAAAGAACAUAAGUGCAAGAGUUUUAAAUGGUUUAUGGACAACGUAGCGUAUGACGUGUUCGAUCAGUUUCCCAGGUUGCCACCGAACAAGGCAUGGGGAGAGGUUCGACUGCAAGGAACAAACUUAUGCUGGGAUGCUCACUCUACUGAAGUCGGAGGGUCAUCUGUUGGUGUCGGACACUGCCAUGGCUAUGGUUCCUCGCAGCAAUUCCGUUUGAAUGAAAGAGGUCAGAUUGGAAUUGGAGAAAGAUGUAUAAUGGCACAAGGGGCUGAUAAACUUCACAUUACCUACUGUUCUACAGCACCUGUUGGCCCCUGGGAAUGGGAUGAGAACACUGGUAUCAUCAGACACCAUGAGUUCAACAAGUGCGUGGAGGCUGGAGCGGAUAACGUUUUACACCUGAAAUUCUGUAAUGCCAAAGCAACUGGUAGUAGAUGGGUUAUCAAUGAG